AUGGAACCAGCCCAAGAAAUCAGUUGGUUUUCCGCUGGCAUUGUAUUGAAUCAAGAAGAUGAAGAAGACUACACAAGUAAGAAAUUACUUCGUUCUGAUUCAGAUUUUGUUACAUUUGAUGAUUGGGAUUUCGACGUUGAAAACGAAACAAAAACUGCUCUUUAUGUCACACCAGAGAGUUUAACACAUAACAAGAAGUCAAGAACUUCAUUGAUUUCUUCACUAAACAUAUUGAAAGACUUUGGAAAUGGAUUCAAAAAAUUAAAGGGGCAAAAAAUCACCAUACAAACUAGUGAAAUUAAAUGUGCAAAUAAUGGUAAAUUGUCCACAGAUUCAAUUCUUCGUUUAGGCGGACAAAAUUUUAUUCAAUCUUUUGAAUCUUCAGUUUCUUCAGUUGAUCAUCCAUUUGUUAGUUCCUUAUUAAGUCUUUCAGAGGAAGAUUCUAGAAGUGUUGAACUCGUCGAAUGCCUUUUAUCUUGCGCGGAGAAAGUGGGGCAAAAGCAAUAUGAUCGCGCGACUAAGCUUUUAAAUGAAUGUGACAAGUUAAGUUCUAAAACAGGAAAUCCUGUUCAAAGACUUGUUUACUAUUUUUCUCGUGCUCUACGUGAACGAGUUGAUAAGGAAAUCGGGGAAAAUAACACGAAAGGUUUGGAGAUAUAUGGAAUGGGAGAUCUUCAGGAGGCGUUAAGGAGUAUAAACCAGUGUACGAUUGCAGUUCAGGACAUGCCUAUAUGUCAAGUGAUAAAAUUUGCUGGAAUUCAAGCGAUAGUAGAAAAUGUAAGAAACUACAAAAAGAUUCAUAUAAUUGAUCUUGAAAUUAAAAUGGGAGUACAAUGGACAAUCUUGAUACAAGCACUUGUAACUCAUCAACAAGAAUCUCAAUCUCCUUUUGAAUAUCUCAAAAUAACUGCUUUAGGAUAUACUCAAUCAAGGACUAAACUCGAGGAGACAGGUAAACGACUGAUGAGUUUUGCUGAGUCUUUAAACUUACUAUUUUAUUUCAAGAGUGUUAUAAUAGAAGAUAUCUCGGAUCUCAAGAAAGAAGAUUUUGAUAUAGAUCCUGAGGAAACGAUUGCAGUUUACGCGCAACAUUUUCUGUCUAACAUGAUAAUGCAACAAGAAAAGCUCGAGUUCUUGAUGGGAUUUAUUAAAGGUAUAAAUCCGCGUAUAAUGGUCAUUGCUGAAGUUGAGGCAAAUCAUAAUUCUCCAGUUUUUGUUGACCGUUUUAUUGAAGCAUUAUUCUACCACGGUGCUUUCUUCGAUUUAUUUGAAGAUUGUAUGAAAAACAAUGAAUCAAACAGAACGACUAUGGAAUCAGAGUUUAUGUGGCAAGGAAUAAGGAAUAUUGUAGCAGCUGAGGGAGAGGAAAGGACUAUUAGACAUGUAACAAUUGAAUUAUGGAGAGAGUAUUUUAAGCGAUUUGGAAUGGAGGAAAUGAAACUGAGCAAUUCGUCGUUGUAUCAAGCGAAAAUGGUACUUGAAAAAUUCAGUAAUGGGAAUUCUUUUACGCUUGAAAUGAAUGGAAAUUUUCUAGUGAUUGGGUGGAAGGAAACUCCUCUGAGUUCACUUUCUGCUUGGAAAUUUCGCAAAAGAAAUACUUCUCAUGGAGCUUACUUCUUCACUCUUUAA